AUGGAGAUGGAAGGAGAGGAUAUUGUGCUAAAAGCAUUUCUACAUUGUGAAGGAUGCUCAGAACAAGUGUCCAAAUGCUUGAGAGUCUUUGAAGGAGUGGAGCAGGUGGUGGUUGACAGAGAAAAUCAGAAAGUGAUAGUGAAAGGCAAGAAGGCGGAGCCAUUGAAAGUGUUAAAAAGACUGAGAAAGAAAUACAGCAAAAACGUUGACCUCAUUUCACCAAGAAUUGACCCUCACCGCAACAACACAGAAGACGCACAGCAGAAGAAACAGCCUCCACUCAAGACCGUGAUUCUGAAAUCCUACAUACACUGUGAGUGUUGUGCAAGUGAUGUGCAUAGAAGCCUUGAGAAGAUGAAAGGCGUUGUGUCUGUUGAUGUGAACAAGGAGGAGUCACAAAUAGUUGUGAGAGGAGUUGUGAAUGCAAUACAACUCGUACAACAUGUGAAGAGUCGGUUGGGGAAGCAUGCUGAGGUUAUAAGCCAAUUAGCAGAAUGCUGCUCUUGUUGCUGUCCCCGCUGCAAAAGGGAAGCGGAGAACUUAAAUGAAUGUCAAGAUACCAAUGGUAAUGAAAAUGUGAUUAUGUUCCCUUCUUGUCCUCCUUCUCAUCAGUUAUCUUGCCAAGCUUUUAGUGAUGAGAAUGUCUUUUCUUGUUCGCUCAUGUGA